GCGGCUGCCGCUGCCUCCCGGGAGGAUGGCUAGUGGUCGGUGCUGAAGCAAGGGGGCGAGGGCGGACUGUGUUGAAGCCAGAGCCGGAGCCGGAGCUGGGACCAGAACCGGAGCCGUGAGUCCCUGUGCUGACCUGCUCCGGCUGGUGGCGCUCCCCGCCUUCCGCAGGACCCACCUCGCCCUCCUCCGGGCGUAGCAGAUGCUCCAGCUGCCAUGUCCACGCAGAGACUUCGGAACGAAGACUACCAUGACUACAGCUCCACGGACGGGAGCCCCGAGGAGAGCCCAUCGGACGGCCUCAGCAACCCCACCUCUCCUGGCUCCUACCAGCGCUUUGGGGAAAGCAGCAGCACAACAUGGUUCCAGACCUUGAUCCACCUAUUAAAAGGCAACAUUGGCACCGGACUCCUGGGGCUGCCUCUGGCAGUGAAAAACGCAGGCAUCUUGAUGGGCCCCCUCAGCCUGCUGGUGAUCGGCAUUGUGGCCGUGCACUGCAUGGCCAUCCUGGUGAAAUGUGCUCACCACUUCUGCCACAGACUCAACAAAUCCUUUGUGGACUAUGGGGACACCGUGAUGUAUGGACUGGAAUCCAGCCCCUGCUCCUGGCUCCGGAACCAUGCGCACUGGGGAAGGCACAUUGUGGACUUCUUCCUGAUUGUCACUCAGCUGGGAUUCUGCUGUGUCUAUUUUGUGUUUCUGGCUGACAACUUUAAACAGGUGAUAGAAGCAGCCAAUGGGACCACCAACAACUGUCACAGUAACGAGACAGUGAUUCUGACCCCCACCAUGGACUCGCGGCUCUACAUGCUCUCCUUCCUGCCCUUCCUGGUGCUGCUGGUCUUCGUCCGGAGCCUCCGAGCCCUGUCCAUCUUCUCCCUGUUGGCCAACAUCAGCAUGCUGGUCAGCCUGGUCAUGAUCUACCAGUUCAUCGUUCAGAGGAUCCCAGACCCGACCCACCUGCCCUUGGUGGCCCCCUGGAAGACCUACCCGCUCUUCUUUGGCACAGCCAUUUUUGCAUUUGAAGGCAUUGGGAUGGUUCUGCCCCUUGAAAAUAAAAUGAAGGAUCCCCAGAAAUUUCCACUCAUCCUAUAUGUGGGUAUGAUCAUCGUCACCGUCCUCUACAUCAGCCUGGGCUGUCUUGGGUACUUGCAGUUUGGAGCUAACAUCCAAGGCAGCAUAACCCUCAACCUGCCCAACUGCUGGUUGUACCAGUCGGUGAAGCUGCUGUACUCCAUCGGGAUCUUUUUCACCUACGCGCUCCAGUUCUACGUCCCGGCUGAGAUCAUCAUUCCUUUCUUUGUCUCACGCGUACCCCAGCGCUGCGCAUUAGUGGUAGACCUGUUUGUGCGCACGGUGCUCGUCUGCCUGACAUGUGCUGAAUUUGAUGCCCAGGGAGGGGACCUCUCCCAGCUCUGGGGAGUCUUGAACAGGUAUGUCCUCUCUCCCUGCAGGUGUCUUGGCCAUCCUCAUCCCCCGCCUGGACCUGGUCAUCUCCCUGGUGGGCUCCGUGAGCAGCAGCGCCUUGGCCCUCAUCAUCCCACCCCUCUUGGAGAUCACCACCUACUACUCAGAGGGCAUGAGCCCCCUCACCAUCACCAAGGACGCCCUAAUCAGCAUCCUGGGCUUCGUGGGCUUUGUGGUGGGGACCUACGAGGCCCUUAGUGAGCUGAUCCAGCCAAUCAAUGCUCCCACUCUCAUCAAUGCCACCCGCGCCUUUAUAUAAUGAUCUGUGUGCACCUCCGCACUGUCUACCCCAUCCCCAAUGCGUCCCCCAGUAUCUGACCCCAGAGCUUCAGAUCUGAUCCAGGCUCUGGGGAAAGGCAGGGUCACUGUCGGGGAACCCCUCUAUGUGGCCCGUAGGUACUUUGGGCCAAGUAAGCCUGAGGGCAGGAGAGGGUGGGGCACAGACUUGCGGUAGAUAACCUUCGUGACAGUGCUGUCAUCCUUCAUUCAUACUUCUUUUAACCCAGAAUUCUUCAGUUCUUUCCCUCACACCUUCUCCAUCCUCCACCAAAUUAUUCCUGUUGCACAGCUCACUUUAUUUAAAACUUUUAGGGCCCCUCCCCCACCUCUUGUCUUCUCCUUUCCUGGGCCAGGCUGAGAUGAAAUAAGUGGGCACUAUUCCCCCUCCUCAUAAAGCUGAUCCUCUUCCUUAUCUUUCUCCCAAAUAUUGUACCUCAGUGUUCUCCCUAGUCAAGUCUUGGGGGGCUGGACCUACCAGAUGAUUUAAAACCAGCCCACCAGACUGGAGUUUUUAACUUUCCUCUCUGACUUGCUGGGACCCCCAGGGCAACACCUUCUCUUCUCUGGAUUCUUCAGUAUGGGUCACAACACUGUAUUCUUAGUUGCUUUAGCUCUUAAAAGACAUAUGAAGUGCUGCCUAAACUGAAAGUAUUUAUAUGUUAUUUAAAAUUAGCUUUCUGUUUUUAGACUCUGUCUCUAGAUCUGGGGUUAUUAUGAACUGUUUCUUUCUCAGUAAACUUUUAUUCAGCUUCUCCUGCUGAAAAGAACCUUGCUCCAGGAAAUGUCAGUCUUAGCUGAGGACCCCAGAGGUUUUAAUCAGGAUCCUCUAAAAGUGUACCUCUCUGGGAGGCAUGGGUUUUGCCUCCCGCUGACCAGCCUGGUCUCAUGCUGAAAAGCUAUUGGAGGACUCAGGAAAUCUCGUGAGUACCCUGGAUUGAGGGAGGGUGGCUGAGUGGGAGAUGUAGAAAAUGGUUGCUUUGUGUUCAGGCCCAUUUUCCAGCCUCAGCCCCCACCGAGCUAAGAGGAUGGCAGCCCUUGGUGGCUGUCAUGCAAGGAAGACACCCACACUGUUGCCACGGAUCAGAUAUUGAGGUCAGUGUGCACAGAAAGCGUGAAAUUAAGUUCAUAAACUUCACAGCAGCUGGUCUGACACUACGCAUGGUGCUUGUUUACAAUCGGGGGGGAUGGGGCAGGACCAGUACCCACCCUGCCUCUGUGACCUGAACUUCGGCAAGAACCACUGAACACUAAUUGGGACCCCUGUUUUCUCCCCAGUUGUGCCUCCCUGAGUCUGGCAAACAGCCCCGGGCGGCUCACCUCAAGGCCAGACCUGAGAUUUGGGGCAAACUGCAGAGAAGGCAGGAGGAUGCAUUGCUGGGCUUGGGGGUGCCUGCUCUUCCUUUCCUCCAGGCGUGGGCAGUAUUUCAGAAUGGCGUUCAUUAACUACCCAGCUUCUGCUGUGAGCAGGCGUCGUGGCUGUGUGUGUACAGAGCGGACUCUCGCCUCCGCUCCCAUCACCAGGUUCUUGCUUACCUGGAGAUAAAGUUCACCUUGCCAGUUGGUUAAGGGAGAGCAGCAAAAAUGUAUCAGGGUUUUGUUUUUUGUGUUUCACCAAAGUUCAUAAGGGGCUCCGUUGUGGCCCCAGCUUUUUCUUUCUCUUCUGUUCAAAGCCAAUAGAGCGGAAUUGAGGUGAAGGGACAGGAAAAGGGGACUCUCACUGAAGUGAGUCCUAACCUGCCUAGUAAUGUAUAAUAUUAACUUAAGAAGAUGUCAUCACUGUUCUCCCUUAGGAGAGUGACACUUUCUACCCACCUUUUCUGCUGUUUGGUGGGUUCUAACAGGUGCUUUUGUGACCAAGAAUCUAGCCGGGAGCAGCAGAGGCCCUACCCUCUGAAGCCUAAGGCUUGGAAUUACCAAAGUGGGCUCAAGUGUGCUGUCAUCUCCUGUUGCCAAGCUUGGGCUCUGGGGGCCCACCCAUAGCCUAGCUGGCUGCCUCCAGCAGUGCUAAGAAUUGUUUUCAUUGAAAGGUAUGUGCCAGUUGAAGGGGCCAGACUUGUGUACUGCCCCCAGGUUCCUUGGUGGAGGCUCCUGUGUACUCAGAGUUGCUCGAGGCAGUCCUGUUUGGGUGAGUUCUGAGAUUGGGACCACGAUGCUGGAAACUGAGGACUGGACAACGGCAUACUGGGAUUCCCUGGCUCCAGCUCUUAGCAAACUGCAGGUUAUUUAUUGCUUUAAGCCCCUUGGCCCUGAGAGCCUGGUGUGUAGGAGGGCUGCCUCUAGCUUAAAGGAUCCUGGAAGCUGAUCUGUCCUGGUCUGUUUGAUCUUAUUCCUGUGUUCCUGCUACACUGACAGCCUAACUGCAUGGCUCCUUUUGAAGACCCAGGCAAGGCAGAUCCAGUCAGAGGGCCUUCUUGGCUGUGCAGCUGAGCAGCUCUUGAGCAUUAAGGAAAAGGUCAGCCAGAGGAAAGUUGUGGGAGGAAGCCCUCCCUCCUCUUCUGCCACCGAUAGGGCUUCUUGAGGCAGAGAGCCCUCCCUGGAAUCUUCCCACUGCUGUUGGGAAACAGCCUGAGCCUUUCCCCAUGCCCUGACUCUGCUGCCUGGUGAAAAGGCACCAGGACAGGUGGAAAUCGGAUCGUGGAACUACAGAGCAAAGGCUUUCUGGAGUGUUAGGCUGUAUCUGCUGCAGCAACGGCAAACUGGGUUUUCUGGGCAGAUGCUGUUGUGCCCUGUGCCCCUGCCACCAUCCCCCCAGUUUCUAUGAGCCCAGAGGUAAUAGCUUUCUCAGAGCCCCCUGUGGUUCUCUCCUCCAAAUGCUGCUGUUGUGAGCAGGUAGCUCUCAGCGGUGGUGUCUCUCCUCAAUGCGAGCACUUGCUGGGAAGAUUGUGACCUGGUAUUUUCUGUUCACUCUGCCUAGGAGUUGUCACCCUUCACAAGUGGCAUUAUGUAUAUUGUGCUGCUGUCCAGCUGCUGGGAACCCUUCAUCUGCACAAAUCCUGGCCAGAUGUGUAGAAAGGUGUGACAUGUUUUAGCUUAGACCCACUCUUGCCUGACUCACCUCUGUUGCCAGAUUCAUUGGCUGAUGUUAACUGCUCGCUGUUGACCCUGUGAUGGGUAGAAUGUGCAGUUGUAUGCCUCCUCUUAAGGUGUCCAUACCAAACGAGUGCAUUAGAAAAAUCAUUUCUCCCUCCCUGUUCUCUCAUCUUACUUUUUUUCUCAAAUUUCUCCCUUCUUAGACUGUCAUCCCUAUUUAACACUAAUGUUCACCUCAUGCUUUUUGGAAAUGUAAAAAAUCUUAAUCUAUGUCUGUUUACAGCUCUCUCUGUUCAUUGUCCCAGCACAGGGAUCGUAUCAUGGGUUUAUUGUGUAGCUGAGAGAUGUUAAGGCAGGCCUCUGCCGUGGCUCCUGGUGGGAACACAAUGUUGUCUGAGGAGACACAGAGUCCAAGUGCCAGGACUUAAUGAUUAGGAGGUUGACUUCAAGUCUGCCUUAGAAUUUAAUUUUCCAAAAUACAUUACAAAUCUCUGAGACCAUAAGGGGAAAAAGAAGGGUUUGAUUUGCCUUUGAAAUCAUGGUUAAUACUCUUAGGUGGUUUGUCUGGCUGAUUACAAGACUGUUUGCUGUGACAGCAUCAACCUGUUACAUUUCUUCCCUUUGUUUUGUACCACUGGGUCAUUCCCUGGCCAGGGGAUAUCAAUGGUGCUCAUGGGAGGUUUUUGGAGUAAGGGAGGUGGGAAAUGAGGGGAAGGUGCCUGUCAUGAGCUAUGCCCUUUAAUUUCAACCAAGGUGGUGCUGGGGAAGCUAUUUUAGUGAAUAAUAAAAUCAGGUGACUCUAUUUUAAAGCAUGUCAGUGGAUGUGUGAAUGAGAGGAGUAAGAAAAACAGCUGUACAGCAGGUCUUGAUAACUAAAAAGUACGUGUGUGUUGUGCGCCUACGUGGAUGUGUAUUCUCGGCAUGGUACGUGUAGAGAUGUGGAUCGUGCCAGAGCUUGUAGAUCUCAUUUUGGGUUCUGCAUAUGGAUUGUGUGUUAAACUUUUCCUUUUCAAUAAAUGAAUUUUAUUUUUUAUUUUUGAGAGGUUGCAGUUUGUGUCUCUGUUUUUAUGUUUUUUGUUUUUUGUUUUUUUUUUCCCUUUUUACAUCACUCAAAUUGCUUUGCAAGAUGUUAGGUUAAAAUGUUUCUAGUUUAUGCCACAAAGUUCCUAGUGGGGAGUAUUCUAACAGUAGAACCAUCCCUGGAAUCAAGAUGUUCCUGUGAGGAAAGGGACCAGGACAUUUUUUUUUCUUUCUCCCUUCCCUAAAUCACCUGCUUCCCUUGAAAACUUCCACCCUGUCUGUGCAUACCAGAUGACCCCACAUAACAAGGGGGGUGGUUAGUUUUUUGUAUCAACUUGGCUAUUCACUCAAACAUUAAUCUAGGUAUGGCUGUUAAGGUGUUCUGUAAAUGUGGUUAAUAUCUCAUCAGUUGCCUUUAAGUAAAAAGAGAUUAGUCUCAAUAAUGUGGAUGGGCCACAUCCAAUCAGUUCAAAGGCCUUUAGAGCAAAGCUGUGGUUUCCUUAAAGGAGAAAUUGCCUCAUGGCAAUGUUGGCCAAGUGGACCCCAGAAAAUCUUAAAAACUGGCUUCCCAGCCAUGACAGGACAAAAGACCAGACAUGCCUCAUGAUACCACCUCCCUUUUGUGAUUUAGAUACAGCACCUGACCAGCAUUAAUGUUAAAAGAGAGAUCAUAAGACUGAAAGGAUCGAUUCUUUGUGGUAGUAAAAUACCAAAUUAUAAACAGGAUCUAAGACCAUACCAGGCAAGGGUUAAGUCACGCACCCCAACUCCUAAAUAGUAAACUACACUAGGUUCUGACUGCUACAAGGAUUUUCUUUCUCUCUAACAACUAAAAAAACACUGGCCUUGAGAUAAGCAAUAUUAAAACAAUUCCAGCUCAUCCACCUCCAGACUGACUCCCACCCCUAGAAGCCAUAACUACAGCUUUGGUUGUAUGAGAGACUGAUUGCAGUUACCUUUUCCUGAUAAUGGCCCACUGGCGAUGGACUGGUUCUAGCCAAUUUAAUAGAAGCUGUGCACUUGAGCGCCUUGUGUCCUGAAAAGCCAUUUUGACCCACAAGGAUCUAAUUGUACCAGAUUUAAAUGUUAGGUCUCCUCCCCAAAUUGAACAUGGGUCUUACGUAACAUGCAUGUUUAUCCAGUACGCAUGUACCAGGGCAAGGUUCAUGAAUAUUCAUGGACCUCCUCUUGAAUAACCUGUUGAAUAUGUACACUUGGCUGACCUGUUCAGCUUAAAUUUCCCUCCCUUUCUCAAAGUGCCUGUAUCUCAUCUUAGCCUGAGGCUAUGCUUUCUAGCCUGUCAGAACGGUCACCUUGCAGGCUGUAACCCUUUAUA